GUGUGUUGUUAGCACUCCUCAAAAUACUAAUCAAAAGUUUCUGGUGCCAAAGGAUUUUCAACAGCAUAGGAUAUCACUACACAAUACACAGAACUCUAUGUGCUAACAUGUCUCCUAAAAUUCUUUGGAAAUAUUGAAGGAAAAAAAAAAACCUCACAACCAUGAAAACGUUACAACACAGCAUAACAUGUACUACAAGGUUCAUUAGCUUCAUUUUCCUCAUAUUUUUCCUCUUCAUGACCCUAUCAAGUGCACAAUCAAAAUCACCAUUUUACAUGCAUAGUUUUUGUCAGAACCUAACAGAAAAAACAAACAACACUUCAUACAAAUCCAACGUUAACAACUUCCUUGCAUGGAUAAUCACUGAUUCUGUCACAGGCACAUUAUCUAAUAACAACACCAUAGGCAGCAAGAACAACAGUGAUCACGACAAUGUUUAUGGGUUCUACGAAUGUAGGGUUGGCAUCACUGGAAGUUUCUGCCAAUUCUGUAUCAACACUGCUGUUGGACAAAUCGCUCAACAUUGUCCCAACAGUGACUCGUCUAUGAUAUGGUAUGAUUUAUGCAUCAUAGGUUAUUCUAGCGAGAAUUCCAUAGGAAAAGUUAUUGUAGAACCCUCAUGGAAUGUAACCGGAUCCAAACUCACUAAGGACUCCACAGAACUUGCAAAAGUAGAGAAUAUCAUGACGAGUUUGAUAGGAAAAAUGAGUAUAUCAGCCACUGCCAAUUGGGCAGCGGGUGAGUUCUAUUGGAGCCACACCGAGAAAAGGUAUGGUUUGGUGCAGUGUAAUAGAUUGCUUAGUAAGGACGGGUGCAGACAGUGUUUAGAGGCUAUGUUGGAUAGAGUUCCUCGAUGCUGUGGAACGAAGGUAGGAUGGGCAGUUGUGUGUCCUAGUUGUGGAAUUAAGAUUGAUGAUUAUAAUUUCUACCAACAGCAAACAGAAUCUCCUUCUCCUAUUCCAAAUCCAGGCAAGCAAGAAGGUUCAAGUAACAAAAAAACCUUAACCAUAAGCUUAGUAAGUGUACUAAUUGUAGUAGUUCUACUAACUUGUGGUGUCUACUACUCAUGGAGAAGGAAUAAUAGGUUAAGUCAAGGUAAUUUUGAAAAGUUACACACAUAUUUUAAGUUCUUCAACCUCAUUUCACAAACUUUAUUUUUUAUAGGCGGAUUGAUGUCGAGGAACAUUCCUACAGCUUUUCGACGUGAUCAUAUUCAAACAUAUGAUUCAUCAUUGAAUGGAGACCUUCCAAUUAUCCCUUUAAUUGUUAUUCAACACAGCACUAAUUACUUUUCGCUGUCUUCUAAAUUAGGAGAAGGAGGAUUUGGUUCUGUUUACAAGGGUACUUUACCGGAUGGGACAGAAAUUGCAGCCAAAAGGCUUUCAGAAACAUCCGGUCAAGGUUUAGAGGAGUUCAAGAAUGAAGUGAUUUUCAUAGCUAAACUACAACAUAGAAACCUUGUGAAACUUUUGGGUUGUUGCUUCGAAGAAAAUGAAAAGAUACUAGUGUAUGAGUACAUGCCAAAUUCAGGCCUCGACUUUCACCUUUUCAAUUUGGAAAAUCAUAAUCAACUAGAUUGGAAUAAACGUCUAAACAUUAUAAAUGGAAUCGCAAGAGGACUGUUAUACCUUCACGAGGAUUCUCGACUUAGAGUUAUCCAUAGAGAUUUGAAAGCCAGCAAUGUUCUUUUGGACGAUGAAAUGAAUCCAAAGAUAUCAGAUUUCGGAUUGGCAAGAAGGUUCGAAAAAGGCCAAAGUCAGAGAGAAACAAAAAGAGUUAUGGGAACUUACGGUUACAUGGCUCCAGAAUAUGCUAUGGCUGGAUUGUUUUCGGUAAAAUCUGAUGUUUUUAGCUUUGGAGUGCUCGUAUUGGAAAUCGUUUAUGGUAAAAGGAAUGGUGAAUUCUUCUUUUCGGAACACGGGCAAAGUCUUCUCUUAAAUAUUUGGAAACUCUGGUGUGAAGGAAAAAGUUGGGAAUUUGUUGAUCCGAUCCAAAGAAAAACAUACAUCGAACGUGAAGUUUUAAAGUGCGUACACAUUGGUUUAUUGUGCGUGCAAGAAGAUGCUGCAGAUCGACCAACUAUGUCCACUGUUGUUCUCAUGCUAGGGAGCAACACGAUGGUCCUUCCAAAACCCGAAAAACCAGCAUUUUCUGUCGGAAGACUGCCCAAUGAAGAUUUAACUUCAAAAAGUUUUAACGAACUUACGGUAACUAGUUUUACACCUAGAUAGUUGAUCUUAUGUUGUAGUUUGUAGGAACUUUCUCAAAUAACAAAGUCAUUGUAAAAUAGAUAUUGAUGAAGAAAUUAAAUCAAAAAACUUUUGAGACGGUUUAAAAA